AUAGAUGCACUUGUUGAAUCGCAUCCCAGCGAUUAAAGAUUCGCGUUACUGCCGACUGAGAGUGGGAGUCGAUUCCAAAACUGACGAUAGUAAUCUACAAUGCAUUAGUACAUCUGUGGUUAAAAAGGGGAAAUUUAACCGCUGUUUCUCGAUUCUUUGGUGCGUCGGCAGGACAAGUGUCUUUGAUGUCUGCACAGCAACUGCACCUGUGGCCAUGUUUACAUGCUGUCCUGGGCUAUGGACUCUUCAUCCUGUCUGCCCUAACACAAAUCAUUACAGGUCAGAACUGCUCUCACCCGAUUAUGCCAGAGCAUGGCGGUUUCCACUGUAAACCCUCGCCAUGUAAAGGCUUUCCUCCGAAGAGCAUCAUCUACUAUUUCUGUGAACCGGGCUACGUCUUGCCACCCAGGGGUCUUCAUUCCAAGUGCCACAAAGGCCAGUGGAGCCCUAGGGGACCCAUCUGUGCACCUAUUUCAGCGGGACAUGCUAAAUAUGAAGACAGAGUGACAAAUUCAAUCCCAAGUGUGGCUACCACUGCCGUCGGUGUUUCUAUCUUCCUUCUUACCACCACAGCCUGCAUGGUUGUCAAGUCCCGGCUUUACCCCUGCCAUUCACAAAGGCGAUCAUCAGAUCAGUUGGACCUGGUGGUGGAUGGCUUGCCAGUGUCUCUACCUACAUAUGAAGAGGCGGUGUAUGGCAGUUGGGGUCAGCGUCUUCCACCCUUACGUGGACCCACUCAACUUCUCCUGGCAUCGUCGGAGCACAGCCCCAUAUCAUCCCUCAUUCAGUCAGAUUCCACUAACUGCACAGAUACUUCCAAUCACAGUCCAGAGGCUCCGCCGCCGUAUGAGGAGCGGCGACAGCAUCGCUUUGCAAAUGGGGAUAAUGAAGUGGAAGCACAAGCCUCCCACAUUGCACUUUCUGUUGAAAAAGACAUCUAACUCACCUUAGGGCUAUUGAUUGUUAGUUCCUUUGCACUAGAAAUGCCAGUGCUUUAUGCCCAUAGGUGUAGGGUUUUUUAAAAAUGUUUCUAAUAACAAUAAAAUCAUAUUUAAAGGGGGCAAAUAAUAAUGCCAAUGUGUAACAUACUGUAUAUAAUGAUGUUGAUUGUGGUAAUGUUUUCACAAGACGUUUAUUGUUGCCCUCAGUGAGGGAACUAGACCUCUGUAGUCUCUUGGAAUGUAAUAACACAGACGUCACAUUAGAGGAUUAAAUCUUAUAUGACUGCAUGUGAGUAUAGUAGAUGGAUUAGAGGAAUAUACUUUUUCUUGCCCAGGUGCUCAGGUUUGAUUUCUUGGGUUGUUUCUACCCUACAGGCCUGAGAAAUGCUUUACCUUUAUACCAUGUCUUGUAUGUUGUUUCUUAUCUGCAGUACAAUUAACUAAAACGCUUUUAUUUACCAUGUGUAAUAAUAUAUAUAAUGUACUACUGCGUAAACCCUUAUCUUCCACCUAAAGCCUUGUAUUCUAUUCACCCAUGCUGCUUAUAGGAGGGAGUGCACUUUUGAAAAUGGACCUUUGCUUGGAGCUGGGGUUAUACCCCCAAGGGUACAUAUUGUGUAUUUUUAGUAUGUUUAUUUCCCCCCAUGUUUGUUUGUUUGUUUUUUAGGAUUUUAACAUCAUGUUUUACACUUUGGUAACAUUCAUGACAGGACAUGUAUUUACAGGUUACACAUUCAUCAGUUCAAACUGAAUGUCAAACCCCUUCACACACAAUUUUGUAUCUUCAGACCACCUCAGAGCACCGACAGUGCAACCCACUGAGGGUCCCAUCCAGCAACAAGCAAAAAUUCAUUUCAGAACUUCCAUUUCUUUGUGUGUGAACUUAAGAAUGUGCACAUUUGCUAUAUAAACAAACUGCUUUUGGCUUUAUCUUAGAAGAGUAAUCUAAUGUUAGUGUAAAGGUAAAAUUUUUUAUAUUUGUAUAUAACAGAGAUAUAUAUUAAUGGUUAUGUAUGGUGAAUUGCUAAAUCAUUUUGAAUUUGAUAAUAUUAAAACUAGUUUUUAAACUUA